AUAUUAUUCUCCUACAUUCUCUCUCUACUGGUUCAACAAUGGAGUCAUCGUCUAGAACCAAAUCGAAUUCUCUCCAAAGAUCAAUUUCUCCUUCGGGUCGAUUCUGUUCGUCGUUUUCCUCGGCCUUCGCUUCCUCAAUGUCCAGUUUUUCGACCCGAUCCUCCGGUUUCUUAACCCGAUCCGCUUCACCAACUCGGGUUAACCUGUGCAGAUCCGUCUCACCUUCGCCGUCCGUACGAUUUUCGACUCCUCCUAGCCGUUCGAUCUCGGUCUCUCCUCGGCACCAAAUGCAAAACACCAAGGCAUUGUCUGGUCAGAAGAAGACGUGUAUGUGUUCGCCUACAACGCAUCCUGGUUCGUUUCGGUGUAGUCUUCACAAGAAUGGUAAUCGUCAUCAGAAUCAUGCGGGGUCGUAUCAUUCAAGUCAUCGGUUGAAUGCUCGGAGAUCGGCAAUGACGAAUUCGCUGGUGAGGAUUGGGACAGUGGAGGGAGAUUUAGUGAAGCGAGCGUUGGCGGCGUUGAUUCGGCCGUCGUCCCAUCACCAAAGACGGAGAGCUGAUUUUCAGCCCAGACCUAGUCGUCUCUGCAACAUGUCCAAAGCCGAAGAUCUAUGAGUUUUUGAGAGGUUUGGUAUUGAUACAGAUCCCGCAGAGUUUUCCGGCCAGCCACAGCGUUCCCAUUUUUUCCGAGUGGUGGGUCACUGAGAAGAUCGAGGAGUUUGUGCCGAUUUUGUAGUUUUUGAGCAUGAAAACCCUAAUGUUUUUCAGAGAUCGAUUCAGAAACCCUGAUCAUAGCAGUGUGUACCGUUGAAUCCUGUUUGAUAGUUGAUGAGGAGACCAAAUCAUAUAAAUUUCUAAUAUCUUCCAAAAUCAGGAACACAUUCUAAUUAACAAUAUCAGCAAAUUGGAUUGAAAUUGAGAAUAUCAGCAAAGUGGAUUG